AUGUUUGCACGUUUCCCCAAUGAAAAUCUCAAUUCACUUUGCGUGGUUUCAAUUGGCGUUGUGUUUUUUUGGUACGUAUCACCAACGCAAAGUGAGGACGUGACCAUCAUCGGGUCAGCUGGCAAGGGCCAGGGCCAGCCACAGAGGGAGCAACAACACGAUCUUCGAAAGACGAAGAAGGUGCCAGGCCGCUCGAUCCACAAGGAUGUUCUGUCGGAUGGUUUCUCGGCCGAUAACCGUCAAAUUGUUUCCGGUUCUCGGGGCAAGACCAUCAAGUUGUGGAACAAUUUGGCUGAAUGCAAGUUCACUAUUCAAGAGGAUGGACACACCGAUUGGGUGUCCUGUGUGCGUUUCUCGCCAAACCACUCCGACCCCAUCAUUGUCUCCGUUUCGGUCUGGAACUUGGCCAACUGCAAGUUGAAGAACAACCAAGACACUGUCACCAUGUCCCCUGACGGUUCCCUGUGCACAUCCGGUGGCAAGGACUCCAAGGCUCUGCAGUGGGAUUUGAAUGACGGCAAGAACUUGUACACUCUGGAGCACAACGACAUCAUCAAUGCCCUGUGCUUCUCGCACAACCGUUAUUGGCUAUGGGUUGCCUAUGGUCCAUCCAUCAAGAUCUGGGACUUGGCAUGCAAGAAGACCGUUGAGGAAUUGCGCCCCGAGGUUGUUUCACCCACUUCGAAGGCCGAUCAAAGCAUUGUCUACCAUAAUUAUAUUUCUAUAUUUUCCUUUUUUGAAUGGCGCGAUAUUGAUUUGUUUUAAGUUAAA